AUGCACGAUAACGCGGCUGUCCAUGUCAUUCGUUCCACUUCUGAUUGGAUUGCAAGUAGAAAUAUCACAGUUCUCGAGUGGCCUGCACGUUCUCCAGACUUGAGUCCAAUGGAGAAUGUCUGGGCCUUCAUUGUCAAGAAGAUCUACGACGAAGCAAAGCAGUACAACUUAGUCGAAGAGUUCAAACUGUCCAUCUUCGACGCUUGGACAAAUUUGGAUCCCGCUUAG